GAACAAAAGAACAUCCAAUCUGACCAACACCACCUCUCCCUCUCUCCCUCCCCCGCCUCGGCCUAUUACCACCGACCAACACCUCGCGACAACAUCCCCCGACAAGAACCCCAGCUCGUCAUGUGCGCCGCCUCGUCACCUCUCCAAAACCGCCGCCCCCAUUCCCGUUUCCGCCACGAGUAGGUCAGCUCCAAGCCUAUCUAGGGGUAGCCCCCAACGUCGAAUAACAAGGGCAAGUAAGAGGAGGAAAUAAUAGCAGUAGCUAGCGUCUCGCCACCCGUCCUAGGUCUAGUUCUACAACAGGGGUAGAAGGACCAUACACCCAUCCCUCAACCCAGAUCUCGGUAAAAAAACAAAACAACCCGAGCGAAAUCUACGCCCCCCGACAACCCACCCGAUGCCGGACUUCUUCCCCUUCAUCCCGGGAACCGAGACCGGGCGGCUAGCCCGGCAACACGCCAGCGAAGCCUCGCCGCUUCUCGGCCGAUUCCGCGCCGUCCCCACCGCGUCACGGACCGCCGCCGCAUCAGCUGUGCCGCAGCUCGGACUCCUGUCCACGAACGGCGGGCGGGGGAGCGUGCAUGUCGGAUACGGAGCGUUGUUAGUUGCGGGGAUGGAUUCGGAUGAUGACGAGGAUGACGGGGAUGAUGAUGAUAUGGAUAAUGGUAAUGGGAAUGGGGAUAGGAAUGGGAAUGGGAGGGGGUUAGGAUACGCGGCGAGGAGAGCGGUGCGGACGUGGCGACGGUUCGCGAGGGUGUCGCGGCGGAGUGUACGGGAUUUAUGGGUUGCGCCGAAGCAGACGGCUGUUAAACGUGUGGUGGAGAGUUGGUGGAGGCGUUGGGGGGUUUUGGUUUUCCUUCCUGCUACUUUGGCAGUAGCAUGGUGCGCGCUCCCAUUCCCGCAAUACGCCUUCCCGCCGAACUCGCACGAGUCUAAACCCGUGCCGGACACUCCUUCCUCUAAGCACAGGGCACCCGGUCACGGCGAGGCGCGCGUGCAAGUUAAUUUUUGGUUCUUCCUAUUGGUGUACUACGGUUUCUACAACCUAACAGCUCUGAUCUGGAUCACCAAGGUGUUCAACCUCUAUUCCCUCAACUGGUGGCCGUCAACUCUCGGGUUUCCCCUGACCGUCUCGCUCAUAGCGAUUAUCUCUCUCGCGGCCCCAAUUCCCAUAUAUCUGGUCCCAGAGGCACGCUACUUGACGGUUCAUAACACGGCAUGGAUCAGCUGGACAUUCGUCAUCAUGGCCAUGCCCGUGGCUAUUGCCUUCUGCAUCUUGAUGACGCACGAGCGCCAUUUGGGUCUUAGGAACUCGCUCAGCGAAACCCAGCGUAUAUUCACAAGCUCGUGGUGGACUGGCAAGUCGGACACGCUUUCAGCUACUCGAGAUUUUAAUCGACGUCGAGGGAGAUUGAGUCGGGCUAGGACCUCAUUCGAUCCAGACGCCGCAUUGCAGAUCGCAGACCAGUCACGACCAACCAUUCCGGCAUUCAUGCAACGACGCAGUUGGCUGCCCGCCAGCUUCGUACGCUUCGUGUGGUUUUGCCUUGCGCUUUUCAUUAGUCUGCUCGCCUACCUGAUAGGAGAGGCGUACGCCGAGAUCUAUCUACGGACGCUGCCGCACAACAGUUUCGAAACGAUCGUCUAUGUCUACAGCUGGGUUGUGACGGUCCAUCUAUUGGACGCGCUUACGGGUUGGAUUCUCGGUGCUACUGAAGGGGAGCGAGUAGGAAGCUAUCCCCUGAGUUGGAUCUUCAAGCUUUACUUCAUGCUGACGUACCAAACGUAUGUUCGCGCGCUAUAUGCGCGCCUUCGUUCACCCACCCAAUUCAUCUGGCUUCAAGCUCUCUCGUCCGGCUUCCUCAUCAUCCUUACUCCGGUAACUAUGACGCAAACUUAUCAUCGCAUACUAUCGAUGAUAGGGCUGACUACCCAGUCGUAUGCCUCGUACCAGAAGAUCUGCACCAGAAAUGUCUUCAUCCGCUUCUUAGCCGAAAACGUAAGCAUGCUCACAUUUCUUGGGAGCAUCCUGGUACUGCACUUUGGGGCGAACAAGGACGUAUAUCCGUAUUUCGCCUUCGACGACCCUGAUGAGCUGUAUGACUUCGAACUAACAUUCUAUGCGUCCAUGAUUACUUGGGCUUGUGAAUUGGUCGCGGGAAUCGUUCUCAGAGGUUUAAUUCGGUGGAUCUUUGGCGUGAAUGCCAGUGUCGAGGGAAAGAUGGACCUAGCUGUAUGGCCGGAGUUGCUACCGACGAGCGUGGCCGUCAUGUUGCAUGUAUUGCAGAGCAUGCUGUUCUCAAUCAUCCGAUUGCACUUUCGGUGACGGGAUGGUAGAGGAACCUUUGUUGAACUGAUGUGGAGAGUCUGGAUUGGUGGCCCCAGAGACUUUUGCAGCUCGGUUAAGCGUGGCCAGCGAAUGCUGCGCGCGCGCUUCGAUGUCUAGGACGAACGGAUAGGAUCUUAUCAAUGACAGAAUCUGGGGAAUUAGUGGUGCUCGGUCGACUGGCUUCUGGUUGUCGGGCAGCGGCCUGUA